AUGAGUUUGCUCAUUCCUCCAAAAACCAUUACCAGUAAUUCACCUGCCAUAAUAACUGUCUCUUGUGUGCUCAGGGCAGUGGUUGAGUCGGUACACAAGCUGGAUGUCAUCAUUGGCAGUAAGUCAUCGUACAGGGAGGUCUUCAAGCCUGAAAACAUCAGCCUUCGCAACAAGUAAGCAUUUUACUCUAACCUUUGCUCUAAACACUAAGGCAAAAGGCAAAGCACUAACCCCAACCUUGUCCGUCCUCUGUGCCCAGGUUGCGGGAACUGUGUGUGAAACUGAUGUUUCUCCACCCUGUGGAUUAUGGUCGCAAGGCAGAGGAGCUUCUGUGGAGGAAGGUCUACUACGAGGUCAUCCAGGUCAUCAAGACCAACAAGAAGGUACAGGUGUUUUUUUUUCUUUCACAUAUAGGCCACUUUAAAAUAACUGAUCUCCGUCCUCUUUAAAGUGAACUCUGGGGUAAAAAAUAAGCUAAAGAACUCUGUUCUCUUUGUAUUCACACUGCCCUUGCCUUUGAAUGAGGACUCAACUCUUUUGCCAGUUCACUUUAUCCAUUUUAUGGUCCAUGUCCUCUUUGCAUUCACAUUGCUAUAUUUAGAAAGGAAGCAAGAUCUUUUUCCAUCAUUCACUCAAUGCACUCUGGGACAAGCCAUUUCAUCAAAACGUGUUAUUGGACAGCUAGAUAUACCUACUUACAUUUUGGUAUCUAAUAUAUUGCAUUUAGUUAAAAGAUGAGACAUAAUAAAUGUAAUCAGAAGAUACUAUUAACAUGUAAAUAUUAUUCGUAACAGAAUAAAUAGCAGAAGAAUAACUGCAGAUUAAAUAAUGCUGUAAUUGAAAAUUGUACACCCAAUCUAGGCUACCGCCCCUUUAAGAGCUAACAUCAAUUUUGGACCAUAUGCUGUGAUUCUCACCAAAUAUGUUGUCUUCUCAUACUAUUCAAACCCCACAAUCGAAUAAAUGGCGUAUGAAGCUCUCUUAAAGAUCGCAUAUUGCAAACAAAUAAUCGGAACUAAAAACUCCACACAUUUUGGAAUGUCUGUGUGUCCUUGACAAUCGCUAAUCAAUUAUCCAAAAACGGCACACUUUUUUUUCCACGAACCUGCACAUCAUCAUCUUCUGUCUUGUGGCACCAAUGUGAGGGUUUAUGGCAGGGGAAACGGUGUUGCAGUAGUGUGUGUAAUCACAAGCGAACCUGGGGGGCAUUGCCCUAAAAUGGAACCGGACAGCGGAAUUGUCUCAGUUCGGUUCGCUUCGGGGGCUCUUGAGGGGUCUGAUUUCCUUUUGGAGUGUUAACACUGCAUAAAAAAUUAAGCAAACCGCACUGAGUUCACAAACAUUUGCUAAAAGGGACCAUGUGUGAAAACACCGUAAGUGAUUGGGGAAAUGUUAUGACAGUGUGGCCAGUACAGUGACUGCUGAGGUUUCAGACAUGCACACUUUAUCUUUCCUCAUGCCCUACACACAACCCUUUACUCUUCUCAUUGCCUGGCCCCCUCUUAUCUCUCCAUGUCUUCUGCAGCAUAUCCACAGUCGCAGUGCCCUGGAGUGUGCCUACAGGACUCACCUGAUAGCUGGCGUGGGCUUCUACCAGCACCUGCUGCUCUACAUCCAGUCCCACUACCAGCUGGAAAUGCAGGACUGCAUCGACUGGACCCAUGUCACUGACCCCCUCAUCGGUGAGACACACAGACACACACAGGUCAGUGGUAUCUGUGAUUGACACAGUGUAUAAAUGAUUGUAUUUGUUUUUGUAGGUCGGAAGAAGCCGGUAUCAGCCACCCCUAAGGAGAUGGAGUGGGCCCAAAUGGCCUGCCAUCGCUGCCUGGUGUACCUGGGAGAUCUAGGUAAUACAAACUUGAUCUUUCUCACCAAAGAGAUUUGAGACAACCUUAUUUGUAUGACCACGGAAUUACAUUCCCCAAAUCCAAGGUCACGUUGAUUUGAAUGUACAGGAGAGGUUUACGGGAGGUUGUUUGAAUGUUUUCCGCAGCCCGUUACCAGAACGAGUUGGCUGGGGUGGAGGCUGAGCAGCUGGCAGAGCGGUUCUACCACCAGGCACUGUCUGUCACGCCGCACGUAGGUGAGUUGACAACUAGGUGUUACCAGCCCUCUCUUUCACAGCACAUUAACCACUGUUUUUUACACUAACCGGUUUACUCACACCACCAUCAUCUACAAAUGAAUUACUAUUGUUAUAUUGCCCACAUAGUGAUGAACUCACACAGCACUUAUUGAUUGAGCAAAUGACUGGUCAAAGCUUUACGCAGCUCAUAGUGAUCUAGCUGAACUGUUAGGGGGCCAUUUGGGCCAGGAAGGGGGCAUUCAGUGACUGUUAGCGGGCCAUUUGGGCCAGGAAAAGGCAUUCAGUCUUAAGAAAUUACUGAUCCACAUUUAAAACUUUCAGUUUUUUGGAGAGGGCUUCAGAGAGCUUCAUCAGUCGAACUGAAAGUCAACAUUAAAUAGCCGCUGCUAAAGGAAAGCAAUGUCUUUAGUGUGCCAUGAUAUUGACAAGUGUUUGAUGUUGUGUUUUCAGGAAUGCCUUUCAAUCAGUUAGGUACACUGGCGGGGAGUAAAUUCUACAACGUGGAGGCCACCUAUUACUACCUACGCUGGUGAGAGGAGACUUUGACACGUCUAGAUUUACUGCAGAACAGCCACAGUCUAUCUAUGACUGAUAUGUAGGCUAUGCUGUAGCUGUGCUAUUGUUCUCUACCUCAGUGGGGCAAUUUAGUCACACUGCUGGGGAGAAAUAUCUUCAUAGUAGCAAUUACUAUUUGGAUCACGUUCAGUAGGCUCUAAAUAGGAGACAUGUUUUGAAAUGGAAGAGGUUCUGAAACCAGUCUGUUAGGAGAAGAAGCCCAACUUCAGAGCCAGAACACGUUAAAAAAAAAGACUCGCCACCAAGUGGUGCCGGGACGAUACCAGUAUUGCAAUACUCGUUAGUAUCAUGGCAAGGAAACAAAACGCGAAGCGGAUUGAACUUCGUUAGGAAAACAGCCCUGAUGUUGGAAAGAAACAUUAUGUUGUCAUCCAGUCACAUGUAUUUAUUUUCCAAGCUAUAGCACACUAUUUUACAUACAACAGGUUUUUAAAGACUAAAGACUUGGGUCUGCUUCGUGUUUUCAUUGCCAUGGAAAAAUAUUGCGAUACUGGUAUCGUCACAGGCCUUACACCAAGUACUGAUCAUGGUUUUCUCCUCUAUGUUCCCGUGUUUGAACAGUAUACAGUCAGAGACUCCUUUCGAGGGGGCCUACGGGAAUUUGAAGCGUCUGUUUGAUAAAGCUGCUAAGAUGUACCACCAGGUGAAGAAACAGGAGAUGAAGAAGCUGUCUCCCUCACGGCAAAGGUCAGUCUGGUUUCCUCUCACCACAGCCCUAAAAUGACAAAUCACUAAGUCAGCCUUGAAACAUGAAUUGAGAUAGUCGUCUUUGGGAUCCUUACUGUUUCUUCAAUUGUUUUCUCUCCAGAUCCAAGGACAUCAAGCAACUUCUGGUGAGCUUCAUGUACCUGCAGAGUCUACUGCAGCCCAAGAACAGGUUAGGACUUUCACUAUUCACCAUGGAUUUAGGCCCUAGUCAUUUAUCUCAAUAGGAACCUCAACAUUUUGUCCAUAUAUGACACAGCUAUCUGAUGAUAAUAACAAUUGAUUUUUAUAACCCCCUUUGCUCGGUCUCAAAGUGCUUUCUAUUGUCUGUUGGGUACCGUGUUUGUAAUGUCUUACCAUUUCUCUCCUCCUCCCUGUGAGUAGUCUGCUGGAGACAGAGCUGACCUCUCUGUGUCAGUCGGUGCUGGAGGAUUUUAACCUGGUGCUGUUCUACCUGCCCUCGCCGCUCCACGGCCACGAGGUCACUUCCCCCAGCGAGGAGGAGCAUGAAGAGCACGACUCGCCCUGCGCCCUGCUCCCCGACGCCCUCGUCUUCAAGAUGGUGGUCACCUGCCUCAUGGUAGUGCACAGCCUGAAGCGGGGAGGUCAGUAAGAAUAUAGAUGUGAUAUAUUUUUUAACAUCGCUUUUCAAACAUUACGCUCAAAGGGUGCUCUAAGUAGGGCUGAGUCGGUAGGCAUGCGAGGAUAUGACAUACUGCAAGGGAGAGAUAAGGGAAUAUGUUGUUUCAUUGUUGUUGAAUUUUGUAAUGCGAAGUUGACAUGUUGACUUGUUUGUGUAGGGUCCAAGCAGUACAGUGCGUCUAUAGCCUUCACGCUGGCCCUCUUCUCCCACCUGGUGAACCAUGUCAACAUCCGCCUGCAGGCUGAGCUGGAGGAGGGGGAGAGCCAGGUGCCCCCGCUCCAAACCGACAACACCGGUGAGAACACCACUCACAGCUAACUUCAUGAUGCCCAUACACUAUUCACGUUCUCAGUUAAUCCUCUGAAAAAUUAUACUUUGAAAUAAAACAAUUUAAUGGAACAAUAAUGUUUGCUCCUAGACGACUCUGAGUUGAGAGACCCGUCUGACCCGUUGACCUCGGAGGAGAGGCCCCUGCAGAACGGCUCCCUGGACCAUGAGGAGGACGAGGGGGGCCACCGGAGCACCGCGGCCAAGAAAGCAGGCAUCGGUGAGCGGAAAGCGGAGGAGGAGAAACAGAAGCAGAAGAAGAAGUACGCCCGCCUCUCCAUGCUGCGCCGCCGCCGCUGCGCCACCCGCAAAGAAGACGAGAGCGACCUGAGCGAGGGCUUCGAGAGCGAUGAAGAAGAGGAGGAGGAGGAGGAAGAAGAAGAGCAGAGGGGCCGCGCUGACUCCGGGGGCCGCUUCCUCAGGACCCCCACUCACCCCCUCCACACUGGGGAAGGAGAGCAAGAGAGGGAGGGAGCACCCGACAGAGGAGGGAACCUGGGAGAGCUGCUCGGAGGAAGACGAGGAGGGGGGCACGGCCUUCGACGUGGAGACUGA